AUGGCGGCGGGAAGCCCGUCCGCGGCCCCGGUGGGUGAGGGGGGGAGGGGGGAGGCCAGGCCCGGGGGGGGGUCCCGCCUCCCUCCCUUCCUUCCUCCCCCCCCCUGACGCCUCCCCUCCACUCCCGCGCAGGUGCCGCGGAGCAGCCUCGCCGUCCCCGCCGCCCUCCUGGCCAAGGAGGAGGAAUACAGGCGCCUCAACGCCCAGCUGGAGGCCAAGACGGCGGCGCUCGUGCGGCAGGCCCAGCAGGUCCUGAGAGACCAGCAGGAAAGGCUGUCCAGGCCACUCUCGGCCCAGGCGGAGGAAGAGGCCGCGCAGCAGAGAGAUCUGCCUUCUUCUGAACUGCCGGCUCUUCCACACGCCCACAACAAGCCAGCGAACAAGAAGAGACCUGGCUCGGCAGCUGCAGCUGGGCCGAAGACCCCGUCUGGCAAGAAGGGAAGCAAGACUGCUCCGAGUGCCAAGUUGAGGCCAUACACGGUCCCCAGGGCAGCUGACGUGGCAGUGCCCGACUUCUCUCUGGCAAAGACCAUUGGCAAGAUUGAAGGGCAGCUGGAAGAAGGGAAGUGGCCGGAGCUGGAGGAGGAGGAGGCCCUCCUCGGGGCAGGAAGUGACAUCGGAGCAGAGGCCCAGAUCCGGUUUCUGAAGGCAAAGCUGCGUGUGAUGCAAGAGGAGCUGGACCACCUCGGGCGGGAGUGCAGUCAAAAGGAUGAGGAGAGCCAGGAUUUCAGCCGCCGGCUGAAGGAGGCUGAAGAGGCCCAGGGGAGGCUGCAGCGAACCUCCAGCGCCCAGCAGGCCCAGCUGGAGAAGUACAAGCUGCUGGCGGAGGAAGCAGGGCGGAGGGCAGAAGGGCUGCAGCAGCGGGUCUCCGGGCUUGAGAAGGAGCUGGAGACACUCAGGAGGGCCCAAAAGCAGGCCUUGGCCAGCCAGAGCAGCCUGGAAGUGCGCUUGAGCCGAGCCCUGGAGGAAGCGGAGAAAGCCAAGCAGGAGGUGGCCAAGGCGAAGCAAAGCAGCAAGGAUCUCGUCAGUCAGCAGCACAGAAAGCUGGAAGAGCUGGCCGGGGAGAAAAAGAAACUCGAGAAGCAGAAAGGAGACCUGAUGGCCGCUUUCGUUAAGCAGCUGAAAUUAAUCGACAUCUUAAGGAGGCAAAAGAUGCACAUUGAAGCCGCUAAGAUGCUUUCGUUCACUGAAGAGGAGUUCAUGAAAGCCCUCGAAUGGGGAAAUUCCUAACUGCUCCAGCACAGACUGGAAGGUGGAGAGAAUCAAAGAAAACGGCCUCAUGGGUGAAUCAAUUAAAUGUCCACUUUUCUAGAAAA